UUGUUAUAAAGAUAGAUGAAUAAACCGCUAGAGAAAGCGAACACCAACCCACCACGUGUCCCUAAGCCAAAUACAUAUAGAGAGACAGUGACACAAACACAACACAACACUCUCUCUGUUUUCUAUUUCUCAAUUCUCAAUUCUCAUCAUCAAAUCAUCAAAUGAAAAGGAAAACCACUCUGUUCUUCUAAUUCAAACAAAUACAAUUAUACAAAAUUUCAAUUUCCCUUCUUCGUCCGUGAUCGUAAUAUGGAUAAUUACGCUUACAAUUCCUAUGCUGAAUCCGGUGACUCUUCCCCUCGUUCCCGUGAGAUCGAUUUCGAAAACCCUCCUCCAUGGGACGACGCUCAGCUGCAGAAUCAGAACUACAAGGUCAAGUUCAUGUGUAGCUAUGGGGGUAAGAUCCAUCCUCGUCCUCAUGAUAACCUUCUCUCUUACGUCGGUGGUGACACUAAGAUCUUCGCUGUUGAUCGUUCUAUUAAGUUCGCUUCAAUGAUUGCGAAGCUUUCUUCGCUUUGUGAUACUGAUGUUACCUUUAAGUAUCAGCUCCCUGGUGAGGAUCUUGAUGCCUUGAUUUCGGUUACCAACGAUGAUGAUCUCGAGCAUAUGAUGCACGAGUACGAUCGUCUUUAUCGUGCUCCUGGAAGACCCGCUAGGAUGCGCCUUUUUUUGUUUCCGGCUAAUCAGAGCCCUAGCUUUGGGUCUGAUGGAGGUAGGUCGGAUCGGGAUCGAUUUGUGGAGGUUUUGACUUCUGCUUCUGCUCAUCCUGGUGAUGCGCCUAAACAAUCUGUUCCCAAUAAGGUGGAUUUUCUGUUUGGUUUGGAUAAAACUGGAAUCGCGCCUCCUCCUCCACCGCCUGUGGCGAUUAAACUGCACGAUCCGUUACCUGAGCCUGUUGCUCAGCCGAUCGAGCCUGUUGCUAGACCUGUCCCGGGAGAUCGGAUCGCUAUAUCGGAUCCUGUGGUUCAUCCUGGUGAGAUUCAUCGUCAAUUGCAGGAGUUACAGAGGUUGCAUAUUAGCGAACAGGAGCAAGCUGCGGCGUAUCAGAGAAAAUCUGAAGAGAAUAAUCUUAUUGGAGGCUACGGCGGUGAGUACUACACGCAAAAGCCGAUGGAGAAGACUCCACAGCCAAACGCGCCGCCAUCGUUGCAACCACCGGCUGGUUACUGGCAGGAGAAGCAGGUUUCCAGCGGAGGUUUUCCGGCGACGAUGACUGCCACACCUGGUGGACCGGACCAACCGCCGGUUUACAUGAUCCAUCAUCCCGGUGCUGUCUAUCACUCGCCUCAACAUCCGAUGGUGAGACCGGUAACCCCGCCGCCUAAUCAAGGCUACUACGCAGUACAACGUAUGGCCUCAGAUGUGUACCGUGAACAACCGGUCUACAAUGUUGUACAACCUCCACAACAGCCGUAUCCAGCCACUUCAUCUCCAGGUCUGCCUCAACAACCUCCAAAGGUCACCGCCUAUCCCGGCGGCGGUAUGACUCUAGCAGCAGACUCAGGGCCACCCACUUACACACAGGUGGCAUAUGACAGCAGCACGGGGAGACAAGUAUACUACACAACCGGCGGGGCCACCGUACUACCUGCACCUCCCCCGCCACCUUACCAGGGGGUGUCGGCGCCGAUGAGUGGCGAUAUUAGAACCGGAGCAGUGGGCCAGGAUGGGAAGCUGAUUGCAAAGAUUUCACAAGGCUCAGUUUGAAUAACGACAACAGCUUGUGGUAUAAAAAUUUUGAGUUUUUCUUUUUCUUUUUCAUUUUUAUUUAUAAUAUGAAUACUGAAUUUUAUAUUACAUCCUUAUGGUAUGAUAUGGUCUUUCUUUUC